GGCAUUUACACAUACGAACGAUAUCACUGGUCAUAAUUACUGCAAUGUCAGGCAUGAUAUGCAGCCGGUACAGUAUAUGGACCUGUAAAUUUUUAAUAGUUUAGAUCCAAGUAUGUCUUCUCUUUUUGAUCUUUUUCUUAUCUUCUUCAACUAGCAAAAUAAAAAUAUGCACAUGCUACUUAUAGUUAUACUGACAUUUUCUUAUCAUAUUUGUCUGUUACUAGCAAGCGCUAUAACGGUUCUCGAUAAACAUGCUCUUGACGAACAACUACCUUCCAAAUUUCAAUCCAUAGUUGCUUUUGGUGAUUCUAUGACUGAUAAUGGUUCGUUCGACGACUUUUACGCUAAAAACACAAGCAAAAUUGACCCAGAAAGCCUUCAUUCUUAUACUUCUGCAAAUCUUUCUCGUGCUUGUGAUGGCCCAGUCUGGGUUGAACACCUAGCCACUUCCUUUGGCAGCCCCGAUCUGUACAAUUUUGCUCGUGUUGCUGCAAGCAUCAAUAAUUCUCUAGUUUUAGAAGAAACCCCAUAUGACUUAAAUACGCAAGUAACUAGAUAUUUGACCUCUGAGGCAGCCACCUUAACCAAAAACAAUACCAUUUUUUUCAUAUACAUCGGAGGAAACGAAGUAUUUGAUAUGUUCAAAGUAUUUCCUAAUGAUUCUGUUGAAAGACGAAAGUUAAUAGAACAACUCAUGCUUUCAGCUCGCUUUAAUUUGGAACGUCUGUAUGCGAUAGGCGCUCGAUAUAUAAUGCUCUUAGGACAACUGCCUCUCGAGGAUUUGCCUAUGCGUCGCAAAUCACUGUCUGAAACCCGAGUCAAAAUGGGCGAUUUAGUCCGCGAGUUCAAUAUCAAUUUGGAAAGACUUAUGGAAGACUUCACAAUCGACCACACAGAAUUAAAAGCAAUAUAUUUUGAUUUAUAUUACUCUUUCAAGCCCCUAUUUGUUUCUGACACCGGAAGAACGUGCAUUUCUGAAUCUAGUUGUGAGGGAUACGUAUUUUAUGAUCGGGGACAUCCUACUUCUCUCUAUCAUGCUCAAAUUGCUCAGGCCAUUCGUGACAAACUCAUCGAACUUGCUUGGUAUGAGGAAACAGAACCAUAGAUUCUUACCGUACUCAAAGUUACAGCUUUUUAUUCUAUUUUUAAACUCAGUAACUGUUGAUUGUUACGUUCUCAUCCACACAUUUUCAAAAAUAAUCACAAAGGCAUAUAGCUAUUAAUGCUAAAGGAGAUUAUUUUUCAAUAAACCGAAGCUUGUCGAGCAUUAUUCAAAUAGCG